UCUUCCUUCAUACCCAAAAGGAAGUGUCCUUUCCCCGCCUACAUUUUUAUCACUACACGAUCAACAUCUGAGCGCCAAACCCCAAUCCCAAGUUUCCAAAUAAACUGCAUCCGACGACCCAGUGCACCGCGGCCAUCCGCAUGAGAAACUGGGGCACACGGGGUCUUUCUCCGCCCCGGAAAUGGCCGCUAGAGCCCCCGACGUCGUUGCUGCGCUGACACCAAACGCAUCUUGUGGUCUAAACGAACAAGAUUCUUGGUCGUUGGAAUUGUUUUCGCCAGGGGCGCUGUUAUUCCCACUAAACGCACCUUGUGGUCUAACCCACACGCAGCGAGUUCGUACCUUUUCGUCCUUUACAGCUAAGUUUACAUCGCAUUUUCCACGUUGUAUUUGACGAAACCAAUCUGGGCCGUGUAGUUUUUAUGUUAAAGAUUACUAUGCGGCAUGUGUUUGACGAAAGUCGUAGCUGGGCCUAAGAUAGAUACAUAAGUGAACAUCGAGGCUAAUUGUGACAAAGAUGAGAACCCACAUAGUCAAUUUCAUAAUCAAACACCCCCACCAGCCUUCCAUGGCUGUGCGGUCGAAAACAACCUCUUCCCAGUACGUAGCAUCAAGAUCUAGAGACCCUGUGCUUGAGAAACUGAUGGACAAGUACAAACAUCUUUUCAAAGUCAUUGCCAUUCAAGACCUCAUCCUCGCAAACCCAAAGAACCCAUGUGUGUCCCUUGACUUCCUGUCCAGGCUCUCGCAAAGGCUUCACCUCAAUCGUGGCGCCGCUGCCUUCCUCCGCAAAUAUCCUCACAUUUUCCACAUUUUCUAUGACCCCGCGAAGUCCCAACCCUUCUGCAGAUUAACGGACGCUGCUAUGGAGAUUUCAUGCCAAGAAACGGAGGCUAUCAAUGCUUCGUUGCCAGUUGUUGUCGACCGUUUGUUACGCCUUCUGUCAAUGUCGGCAUCCAAUUCUUUGCCACUUCGUGCCAUUUUCAAGGUUUGGAGGGAACUUGGGCUUCCUGACGAUUUUGAGGAAUCGGUAAUAGCUCGAAACUCACAUCUUUUUCGACUUUGUGAUGCUCAUGAACCCAACACUCAUGUCUUGAAAUUGGUUGAUGUGAGUCCUGGUAAUCGUUUUAUGGCAUCGGUUGAGAAUUGGAGGGUUAUGGAGUGUUGUAAGCAGGAUUGCAGUGUUGAAAGGGUGGAAAUGAGAUAUAGUUUUAAACAUGGGUAUCCUCCGUGCAUGAAGUUGAGCAAGAAUUUUAGGGCCAAGAUUAAGGAAUGGCAGAGGUUGCCGUAUGUGGGGCCGUACGAGGAGAUUGGAGAGAAGAAGAGCUCUAAGGCUGGAGUGAGGGCAUUGGAGAAACGGGCGGUUGCAAUCGUUCAUGAAUUCUUGAGCCUGACGGUGGAGAAGAUGGUGGAAGUGGAGAAGAUCAGCCAGUUCAGGAAAUGGUUUGGGAUCGAUUUAAAUAUAAGGGAUUUGUUCUUGGAUCAUCCAGGCAUAUUUUAUUUGUCCACUAAGGGGAAGAGACAUACCAUCUUUCUGAGAGAAGCCUAUGAGAGGGGAUGUUUGAUUGAACCAAAUCCUGUUUAUGAUGCUAGAAGAAAACUUCUUGAUCUUGUUGUCUUGGGAAGUCGCGAUUGGUUCAAUGGUGAAUCAAAGCCAAGGCACAGUCUUAAUUGCAAGGAGGCCGAGUUUCAGGAAGAGGACAAUUGCCAAGAUGAUGACUUUUGAGCAUCCUGACCAAAGCAUUUCAACUUCCAGUACCAGGUGCUUCAUUAGUUUGCCCAUCCAGAUUUGGAGCUCCAUUAUUCACUGUGUGCUAGAAGUUGUCAUCCAUUUGAAGGCCUCAUUUCAUUGCCUCUUUCUGAUGGUAAAUUAAAGGUUGUCAUAUUGAAGAAUCACGCAGAGAUGAUACCUCUCUCUCUCUCUCUCUUUCUCUGUGCGCUUGUAAUUGGGAAGUUAUACACACCAAGUUUGUAUUGAACCACACUCCACCAUUUCUUUUUAAGAGAUUAUCCUCAAAUUGUUUAAGACUGAUGGUAAAAUGCUUAAGGUUCUCGUGUAAAAUGCUGGUCCAGCAAGAAAAAGCAUGAUCUUUUGCAAUAUGCAAUUGAUAAUUCAUGUCGGAAUAUUAAUAAAGAUGACUUCUACAA